AUCCCGACGGCCACACCUACUCUGUCUGCGCUCAGCGGAGGGAAGAAUAAAUCUGACAGGAUAUAAACACCAUGCUGCCCGGAUCCAACUUUAAUUUCACACGCAGAAAAUCUCUCACGAGCCGGUAACUCCACGCUGGUUUCCCUGCACACCUCCCUCUCUCGCUGUGGACUUUAUUCGGAUAUUUCGGACGUUUUACGACAUUUUCUUCUCAUCUGCGUGUGUCUCCAAGAAGACCAUUGAAGAUUCUGCAAGCAAACAUGUUGCAAAGCUACUCCCAGUCGCAGGACUGGCUUUACACGGAGCCGCUGCUAUUUGACGACGAGUUCUGCCAGAGUUUGAUGAAGGACCUCCAUUCGCUGCCGACGCCCCCCCAGUCCCCGCCAAUGAAGACCGGGCUGGGCGGCUGCAGCAAGCCCCUGUCCAAGGAGGACCAGCUGAGCUACGUCUCCGACAUCCUGCUGGAGGACCACGACAUGAUGCAGCUCAACUGGAACUGCGACUUCUUCCACUACGGCGGUGCCGCCGAGAAGGACGGCGAGCCCAGCCUGCCCUGCUCCCCGCUGGAGGAGAGCGGCGAGGACUGCCUGUGGCAGUGCCUGGCGAGCGACAAGAGCCUGGAGGAGAAGCUGGUCUCCACCAUGCUGGGCUCCAGCCCGCUGCUGUCCGACAUCAACACCAGCAUCUUCGAGGAGAUCGCCGGCUCCACGCUCGACUGCCAGAACCUGAUGGAAACCCAGGAGCCCAGCGAGGUCACGUCGGACUACGGGUCCACCGGUGGCGAGCUGUCCACCUACUCAUCCAGCGACUCUGAGGAGGAGAUUGAUGUGGUCACUGUGGUGCGCUGUUCAUCCAGCGCCUCCCCUCGGCCCUCAUUGGCUGACCUGUCUGUCCAUCACCAGAAGCAGGAAGAGGAGAAGCGAGCUCUCCAACGCCACCAUUUUGAGAUCCACCUGCAACACAACUACGCGGCACCAUGUCCCGCAUCGCCGCCGCCGCCGCCUUCGUCCUCGUCCAGCAAGCGCUCGCGAGGGGGCGACAGCUCGUCGCGCUUUCACCGCUCCUCUCGUAGCUCGUCUUCGUCGUCGCGGUACCACCACCACAACCAUCAACACAACUCGACGGAGACGGAGGACGAGGAGGAGCGGCGACGAGGCGGCUACAGGUUUUCACCCGAUAGUUUAGGAGACUGGCUGAGUCACACCUUCAGCUUCACUGACCCCCUCCCUCCCCUUCGUCCUACUGACGUGUGA